UCAUAGCUUGUAUUUUUUGUGGCCAUCUUGUGGGUUUUCACCAACGUUUCUACCUUCACUGCAAAGGAGAUCCGGUUAGGUCCAUCUUUUUAAUUUAAGCAUCUCUUCCCCGGGAGAAUGGGCUGAGUUAUGCUCUGCAAUUCGCCUCUGUCUGUUGAAGGAAGCCCCGUUGUCUGCGAGUGCUUGUAGGUGGAUGAUUUCAGCGUGAUUUCUGGAGCGAUGUCUGCCGCAGAGGGAGCACACAGCCCGGACAGACUCAAUCAGUUUGAGCGGCUGUCUGGAAGGCCUCCGCUAAGAGCCGCAGGCUCUAAGAAGAGAGUUUCCUGGGUACAAGCUCGAAGACUCCUUGGCCAGCCCUGCCCCACUCUACGGAUCCCUAACAGGUUUUUAAGAGAAGGUCACAGAGCCCCUCCAGCCCGGAGUGGCCAUCGCUGUGUGGCUGACAACACCAACCUCUACGUGUUCGGAGGAUACAACCCCGACUACGACGAAUCGGGUGGCUCAGAGAACGAAGACUACCCGCUGUUCAGGGAGCUGUGGAGGUUCCACUUUGCCACAGGGACAUGGCAACAGAUCCGCACGGAGGGGUUCAUGCCUACUGAACUGGCUUCAAUGUCAGCUGUUUUGCACGGAAACAACCUGCUUGUGUUCGGUGGGACCGGAAUCCCGUUUGGGGAAAACAACGGAAAUGAUGUCCACGUUUGCAAUGUUAAAUACAAACGUUGGUCGCUCCUUAACUGCAGGGGCAAGAAACCCAAUCGAAUAUAUGGACAGGCGAUGGCCAUAAUCAACGGCUUCCUAUAUGUAUUUGGAGGUACGACGGGUUACAUCUACAGCACAGAUCUCCACAGACUGGAUCUGACGACACGUGAGUGGAUUCAUCUGAAACCCAACAACCCUCCAGAUGACCUGCCUGAGGAGCGAUAUAGGCAUGAGAUAGCUCAUGAUGGACAGAGGAUAUAUAUUCUAGGAGGGGGAACUUCCUGGACUUCCUAUCCAUUAGACAAGAUACACGCAUAUAACCUUGAAACAAAUUCCUGGGAGGAAAUCACAACUAAGCCUCAUGAAAGAAUAGGAUACCCAGCCCCUCGGAGAUGUCAUAGUUGUGUUCAGAUUAAAAAUGAUGUAUUUAUAUGUGGAGGUUACAAUGGUGAAGUAAUACUGGACGACCUGUGGAAAAUCAACCUGCAGACGUUUCAGUGGAAUAAACUACCUGCAGUAAUGCCUGAACCUGCGUACUUCCACUGUGCUGCUGUUACCCCGGCUGGGUGCAUGUACAUCCACGGCGGCGUGGUGAACAUCCAUGAGAAUAAGCGGACUGGUUCCUUGUUUAAGAUCUGGCUGGUGGUGCCCAGUCUUCUGGAGCUGUGCUGGGAGCGUCUUCUCAAAGCCUUCCCACACCUGGCCCAACUUACCCCGAUACAGCUGCUAAACUUGGGCCUCACCCAGGAACUCAUUGAACGCUUGAAAUAAAGAAGCGAGGGAGCUGUGAGCGCGAGUGACAGAUCGUCUGAUCAUGGGCAGGACGACGGCACUUGAAGCCAGCUUGCAGACGAGAAGAACAGGACUAAGGAACCCCAUCCUAACACAGCCCGCCUUAAAACCAAAAACUAUAGGAUGCCUUUUUUUGUUUUGCGUAUGCACCUUUUAAUGAUUUGGAAAAUGAAUACAAAACAGAAAUAUCCAUCAGAAAGUUCUUUUCUCAAACACUACGGGUCAGUGACCCUGAAUGAAAGUUGUUUUUUGUUUUUCUUGAGAUUGUAAUAUUUAUUUAUUGGCCUUCAGUAGUGAUAUGGCGGACGUGUUGAGUUGUUUUUACUGAUGUAUCUUAAAUUCUAUUUCCUCUCCUGUCAAAGAAUUAUUUAAGUUUUAUGAAUCACCACACCACGGCAUGAAUAUUUAAUCAGCAGUGAUGUAAUCGGGGUUCGAUCAGGCAUCUGAACAGACGUAUGCAGUGAUGCCUGGCAUUGUGAUUAAGGUUUUACUCAAUGAAAAUGGUGCAAACAGUGUUGAAAAGUUGAAUGUUUUAAGAAAAUGGGUUUUCACUGAGAUUUUUAGGUUGGAUGCUGUUGCUCAGAUCUGCAGUUACAUCUGCACUAAGGCACAAACACCAGACCAAGUAAUGUUUCAACAAAGCUGUACAGUCAUCGCAGAGCUGUUCCCAUGUUUCACCCAGUUUUGUAAACCAAUCGUUACAUCACUGUGAAUAAGGUGCUCCUUAAUUUACUUUUAAUGCUUUUAUUGAAAUAAAAUCUUUUUCCUUAAACGAAAAAUCUUCAUCCCUCAUCCACCUGUUUAAACUGACACAUUGACACAUUUAAUUGAUCUAGUGCCUUUACUGAGCAAGAUGUGAUAAUGUGCUAAAUUUAACAAAGCCUUGCUAAACGCACUUUAUUAUUGUUAUUAUUUAACUCAAAUUCUAUUCUAGAACAAGCUGACCUGAAUUUAUAAUACAUAAGAUGCGCACUUACCAUUUUCAUCAAGCUUUCUAGCACUUGAUGCAUUUACAGUAAAUAUAACUAUUUAAAUUUCAAACUCUUUGGUCAGCACAAUGCUAAUGAUAUUUUGGGCCUUGUGUAUAUCUGUACAGCAAAACAGAUAACCUUCCUGUCAUUUAGCAAUAAUGUAGCGGAGCAUCUUUUACUAUGCUGACCUAAAAAAAAAAAACGCUCUGAAUUCAAAACAUCUCUGGUCGAAAUGCCAAAUACAGCAUCUUUGAAUUCAGAGUUAAUGCGUUUUGCCUUGGUGGGUUGUUAAACCUUUUACAGUUCAUGGCCAUUUAACUAUACUCAUUAGGCACCAGCAAUUGAUGUAGUUGAGUAAAAAUGUUAAAAGAGUCAUAAUUGCUAUUAUUACACCCUCUAGAAUUUGAUUUACGUUGUUGAAGUAGUUUCUUCCUGGCAUUAGGUCACAUACAUGCCCAUAAUAUGGGCCUACCCACCCACCUUAUGCCAUUUUCUUUCUGCAUGACUGGAUUCCUGUUUGCAUGGGUCAGGAUUUAAGGGUGCUUUGUCAUACGGGCGACGUGCAGACCGUGACAACUCCACAUUUAUUUACAGAAAUGAUUUCAACAGCGAAAAUUUUCACUCAGUCUGCAUGGAGUGACGAGAGUUCCUACAUUCGUGUUUUUUUUUUGAGACGAGGGGUCUCGCUGGACUUCGAUUCCUCAGUUGUGCAGCAAAUGUUCAAGGUACUCACCGGGCUACCUGUAACUUGUGUACCAGUUUUGUGUUUUAUUGUUCCAAAAUUAAUAAACUUGUUCAAACUG